AUGAAUGACCAGCAGGAAGGCACAAGAAGAGGAAAGUGCAGUCGUCAACAACGUUGCGGUCAGUUAGUGUAUUGUGCAGCAGGAAAAAUGGCAAAGUUCCUGCUGAAAUCGUGUCAGAUAGUGUUAAUUAGUGUACUGUAUUUGAGUUUAAUGACAGUUAAAGCCCAAAAUGACCGAAGAACCAAAGACGAUAAGAAAAAUGAGGAAUUUGAGUGUCCGCAAGGAGUCGGGAAUGGGAAUUUCGCAGAUCCUGCGACUUGUCGACGCUUUUAUCAAUGCGUGGAUGGUUACCCCUACUUGAAUCGUUGUCCCUCGGGACUGUUUUUCGACGACAUUAGUAAGUUUUGUACGUUCAAAAAUGAGGCACGUUGUGGGCCCAUUGCUUCCACACCUGCUCCGAUCACUGAACCCCCGACUGAUUUAGCCCCCAAGUGCAAUACAGGAGAGUGUGAACUGCCUUAUUGUUUCUGUUCAAAAGAUGGGACAAUAAUCCCCGGUGGACUGGACCCGGAAGAGACCCCACAAAUGAUCCUUUUGACAUUUGACGGUGCCAUUAAUUUGAACAAUUACGACCACUACAAGAAAGUGUUUAAUAAAAAACGGCAAAAUCCCAACGGGUGUGAUAUAAGAGGAACUUUCUUCAUCUCACAUGAAUACAGCAACUACCAAAUGAUCCAAGGAUUGGCAAGUGAUGGCCACGAAAUGGCCACGGAAACCAUCUCUUUGCAAAUGGGUUUGCAAGACAAAGGUUACGAGGAAUGGGUCGGCGAAAUGAUUGGAAUGAGAGAAAUUUUGCGCCAUUUUGCCAAUAUUUCAAAGAGCCAAGUUGUGGGCAUGAGGGCCCCCUUUUUGAAACCCGGUCGCAACACACAGUAUAAAGUCUUGGAAGAUUUCGGUUACAUUUACGAUAGUUCUAUUGGAGUACCACCUGUAGCCGUCCCAGUCUGGCCCUACACUCUAGAUUACAAAAUUCCACACGAGUGCAAGUCCGGGUCUUGUCCGACUAAAUCAUUCCCCGGAGUUUGGGAAAUUCCCCUAAAUGCGCAUUUCAUAGAUGGGUACGAAGGGGGCCAUUGUCCAUAUUUGGACCAGUGUGUUUUGCACAACCACGACGCGCAGGAAGUUUUCGAAUGGUUGCAGGAAGACUUUAAUAGGCACUAUGAGCAAAACCGGGCCCCCUACAUGAUGCCUUUCCACACGAAUUGGUUCUCGAUCAAAGAACUGGAGCAAGGGUUGCAGAAAUUUUUGGACUGGACUGUCACGCUGCCCGAUGUGUGGUUUGUCACGGGUACCCAAGCCCUGACUUGGAUGACCGACCCGAAAACCAUCAAGGAAUUGAAUAAUUACGACGGUUGGAGUUGUAAAAACAAAGCGAAUCUGCCGCCUAAGUCUUGUAAUAAUCCCAAUAAAUGUGCUCUUAAUUUCAAAACUCCCGACUUGAAUUUCACGGAUACGAGGUAUUUAGAAACUUGUAACGAUUGUCCUAAUCAGUAUCCGUGGUUGGGUGAUGCUGAAGGAUCUGGGAUUGCAGGAAAAGACAACUACGUUCCUGACAAUGUUAGAAAAUAGUACAAUGUAAUUUUAUAGUAAUAGAUUUUUUAAUUUUUCAAACCAAAAUAUUUUAAAUUAAAUAGGUAAUAUCUCUAAGGUUAUCUAUUAUUUAUGUGUAUGUUUUAUCCAACAUGAGUCAGGUGUGAAUAUUUUCUAUUGUUGCGUUUUGAAAAAUAAUAAAUAAAUUAUUGUUACAUAA